UGCAGCUGAGCUCUCCUGGGAGGCAGGAGCACGAAUCCCUCCGGGGCCACGGGGGCCUGAGAUGGUCCCAUCCUCCCCACUGGUGACGCAGGGACAGCGGGGGUGGCCGGGGGCGAGCUGUGGCAACGCAGAGGAUAUUGCAGCAGAGCCUGCGCCCAUGAGGGUGUGAGGAACCGCAGGCAAGAGAGGAAGUUGUUGAUGGCCGGUCACGGGUUCCCAGGGCUUUCUCCAGCUGCAGGAAGCCUGCUCGCACGCUCCAGAGAUGGAGCAGCCCGGGGACGUUCUGCCGGCGCCGUGGAUGGCCCUGAGCCUGGUGCUGUGGGUGGCAGCCCAGCUCCCUGCCGGUGCCCGAGGGUGCGAGGACAGGGCUGUGCCUGCCGGAGGAGAGCUGUGGCUGCUGCCCAAGGAACUGCCACAAGCAUGGGAAGUAUGUGAAUGGAGAGUGGCACUGGAUUCAGGAACCCAGCUGGUCAUCGCGAGGACUUCAAAGGAUAAAGUUCCACUUUUCAAGGGUCGUUUUUCUGGGAGAGCCACCUUCCUCCCGGAGACCCUCUCCCUGAGCAUCAGUGCGGUCACCCAGGCAGACAGCGGCAACUACUCUGCAGAUUUUGAGACUUCAUCUGGCCUCACUCAUUCUCAGUGCUUCCACGUGUCCGUGUGGGAGCCCGUCGGCCAGCCGCACCUGGACUCACACUUGCUGCAGCAGGAGCAGGGCUGGUGCAACUUCUCGCUGCUCUGCUCCGUGCCCAGAGCCACCAAGGUCUCCUACAGCUGGUCCCGCGAUGGGGAGCCCCUGGGGCACGGGAACAUGCUGUCGGUACAUGGGGAUGCUGAGCCCAGCACCUACGUCUGCAACGCGAGCAACCCGGCCAGCUGGAGCACGGCCAGCAUCAACUCCACGACGGUCUGCUUCCCUCCAGCUGCAGGGCUUCCCAUCCCGUUGUGGGCAGUGGCUGUGUUUCUGGUGCUGGUGGUCUCCAUCGUCACCUUUGUCGCCUGCUGGUGCUGGAGGAAGCGACGGAAGGAGAGCUCGGCAGGGGCUGAAUCCCCCCAGCACGGGGGCUGCAACCGCUCAUCCCUCGCUCUGACCCUUCAAGCUCCCCCUGAACACGUCGAGCCAUCACUGACUGUCUAUGAGGAAGUGGGCAAAGUCCAAGCUGGCCAAGUCCUUAACGGGAACAGGGAGGCCAAUGCGGUAGGAAACACUAUCUAUGCCGUGGUCUCCUCCAAAGCACAGGGGCCCAGAAGCUUUCAGGAGCCCCAAACCUGCACCAUCUACUCCACUAUUCAAGCUAACAAGAAGUCCCCUUCCAUCAGGAGGAAGAAGCUGGAUCCAGCUCUGGUCUGCACUGCCUAUACGGAGCCUACGGUGCCUUUGAAACACUGGAGUCCCCCACCGCGGAACUUGUCCCUGUCUCCUGCGGACCACCACCUCUCCUAGCCCCUGGCCGUUUUGUCAAGACCUCCUCCUGGAGCCAGCAGCCAAGGGGCAGCACCCAUGGGGAGCUGGGGACUUGCUCGAGAUGAGAACAUCGAGAAACGGGAGGUUCUACAAGGACUGCAAACCCAAACUGCGCCUUGGAGGCUUUGCUGCAAGGGAAGGGGGACAGGCGGGGUGCUUGAAGCUUGUCUUUGGAGGAGACGGCUUUGAAAUCUGGACUGUGCGUCGGUGGGAGCUGAGGAUGCGUGAUGUGUGUUAGUGCCAGCGUAUGAGCUUGUUUUUUUUUUUUUUUUUAGUUUUUGACAGAUCUGAUACACCUUGUGAAUUCAUUUUUAAGUGUGAAUAGAAGCCGAACUGCAAGAGGCAAUUGUGGGGCUGGUUUAAUUAGCUUAAUUGACUAUUUAUAGCCUGAAAUGUUACUUGGAGGGGGAAGGAGGGGAGGGGUGGAUCAUCUUGCUGUGGGAUUGGGAGCCUCUGAAGACAACGCCGAGGAACUUGGAAAAGUUUCUGCUGUGUGAACUGGGGUGGCCCUGGGGAUGGUUUCAGGGCAGGAGCACGAUGCUGGGCAUGGCCUCGAGCACCUGGAGCCGUCCUGUGUCCAGCAAUGCCCCCAUGUCCCUUCCCCCCGAAGUUAUCCUAUGGCACGAGUGGCUCUGGGAGAAGGGAGGGGAGGAGGAAGAGGGGCUCUGGCUUCAAACAUCUCACCAAAGGCAAGAUCAAGGGAUUUUAUUUGGGAUUAAAAUUAAAUGCGCCACUUUGAUGGAAGCUCUC